CGUCGUCGUCGUCGUCGCUGUUGGUGUCAGUCAGUCAGUUUCAGCCAUCAAAAAAUCCAGAUUAGUCGCGAGUUUGUAAUAAUUUUCCUCAAGGUUUUUUACUCUCCUCUUGUACCACAUCAAAAGCUGCGGCUGCUGCUGCUCCCAACUGAACCGAUCAAACCGAGUGUGUGGGGAGUGUGUGUAAUUUGCAUCCGCCAGGGGCGUGAAAACGAAAAUUUGUUUCUGCUGCUGCUGCUGCUGAAAAAGGAGCUGUCAACAGGGUGAAAGGACGACCCCAGUGCCGUACACAAAAUGCAGGCCAUCAAGUGCGUCGUGGUCGGGGACGGUGCCGUCGGUAAGACGUGCCUGCUGAUCAGCUACACCACCAAUGCGUUCCCGGGCGAGUACAUUCCGACCGUGUUCGACAACUACUCGGCGAACGUGAUGGUCGACGGCAAGCCGAUCAACCUGGGCCUGUGGGAUACGGCCGGGCAGGAAGAUUACGACAGGUUGCGACCGCUGUCGUACCCGCAGACGGACGUGUUCUUGAUAUGCUUUUCGCUCGUCAAUCCGGCCUCGUUCGAGAACGUCCGGGCCAAGUGGUACCCGGAGGUGCGCCAUCACUGUCCCAACAUACCGAUCAUACUGGUCGGGACGAAGCUGGACUUGCGGGACGACAAGAACACGGUGGACAAGCUGCGCGACAAGAAGCUGUCGCCGAUCACGUACCCCCAGGGGCUGGCCAUGGCCAAGGAGAUCGGGGCGGUCAAGUAUCUGGAGUGUUCGGCGCUGACCCAGAAGGGCCUCAAGACCGUGUUUGACGAAGCGAUCCGGGCCGUCCUGUGCCCGAUCAUACCGGUGAAAAACAAACAUUCACCGUUAUUCAAUGGCACACAAACAGACCAAAACCACACAAAGCAGCAAAAAAAUGUGAAAUUUAAAAAGAAGGGAUUUGCACAGUUACUACUACCACACACAACCCCCACAAAGUACUACUAAAAAAAAGCUCUUCCCCCUUCCCCUUAAGUGGUAACCACUUCCCAAGCGCUGAAUGGUUCGCACCAGGAUGCGCGUCCACCAAAUAGUGUUACAAAAGGAUCGUCCUGGUGCGAGUAUCAAUUGUCAAUCGUCGUCGUUUACGUAACCACACUUGAAUGGUUGAUCCCCAAAAACAAAACAAAUAGAAUUGUGUAGAUUUACCCUUCCUUCCCCGAGUUUACAACAAUUAGAAGAAACGCCGUUCGGCAAUCGCGACGUACGCGGAGCAAAUCAAAAUACAACAACCGGAAACCUAAGCCGAGAAAGCGAUUAAGAUUUUUCUUUUUUUGCGGAGGUGAAGUUGAGGCGGAAAAUUUAAUGGUAAAACAAGAACAAGAGAUAGAGUUUAUUCUGUUUUCUUUAUGUGCUUUUGAAAAAAGUGUAGAUUUAGUUUGUAACUUUAUUAUUAUUUUUAUAUACGUGCAGAAAAUAUAUAAAAGUAAAGAAUCGUGCAAAACCAGCGAAAGUGGAAAAGAUUUAGUUUUUUUUUUUCGAAACGAAAAAAGCAAACAAAUAAAAGCCAAGCGAUUGUGGGAAGGAGAAGUAAAAACCCUGUCUUGUCUAGUGUAAAGUGAUUUUCGUUUCUACAGCUAAUCCCGAUUAAUCAAAGAGUUUGUAAGAUGAGGCAGAGUUAGGACUAACGCGCUUAGCAGCAUUAAAACCGCGAUCGAAGCAGAUUUAAUUUACAUUUACACAAACACACACGAGCACUUCCCGAGAAGCGUUAUAAAAAAAAACCAACAAAAAAUAGCAUGUACGUUUACUACCGUAAAACAAAUAAUUAUUGAUUGAAUGUUGUAACUUGAGAUUUUUCUUUCUGUUUAACCACAAAACUAGGCAUUGUUGAGUUCUGAAACGGCGCAGUUUUUAAGCACCUUUUUGAGGAGAGCGCGCGUCUACGUUCUGCACGAAACUGCAACACAAAGUAUGACACAAAGAAAAAGAAUAAAAAGCCAACCUACACACACACACAGACACAUUUAAAACGAAACGAAAGGAUUGAACGCUUUUUCCGUUUUUUUUAUUAUUGUCUAAAUUUUUGCAAGCGUAACCAAAUCUAAUUCGGCUCUUAGAUGUUUUAACAGACGCAGAACAAGUAAAACAAAAAAAAAAACAAAAAGAAAUCUGUCGUAUUAGUAACAAAAAAAGAUGGAAAAAUUUAUUGAUAUAACAUUUUUAAUGACUAUAAAUAUUACUAUUAUUAUUGAGUAAUUAAUAAAGAAAAAAGAAGAAUAAAAACUAGAGAAAAAAAAA